UUUCAGAGUUUUAUGGCUCUUCAACUGUUAAAACGACCGCGACCACUUCCAGCUUUUCGAGACGAAGAAAAAGGAAUUUAUGCACAGUGGAAAAUUAAAGGGUUCUAUUAUCGAAAAUCAGGACUACCAAAAAUCUCGAUCAAAGGUGUUGCUAGGGUUAGAUAUUCACAGUUAGAAGUCGAAGGGAAACUUCCACAUUUUAAGAUCUCCAAACAAUUAGUGAAUAUUGGAUACGUUGAAAAUGUCAAUGAUGAUAUUCUGGAUGUAAGAGGUUGCGAUUUCCGGCUUUUAAUAUUUGGUGUUCAACAUGUAGAGAUAAUUCGUGACUGGCUCCGUUUUCUGGUUAUUAGACAACGCAUUCCACAUUCAUUGAUGGGGCUUCCGUUCGAUUGGCAGGUGAAACCAAUAAGAGAUGACAAAGAGUUACAACUAUCUCGAAUUUCCCCAUUUCAUUGUUUCAAAAUAUGGUAAUUUGUUUUGCGCAUGGUGCUAUAAAGUGUAUCCAUUGUUGUUAAUUAUUGAAUCGAAUGAAAAAUUGAACAUUG